AUGAAAAAGACUGAGAAGUUAUUGUGGAAGGUUAUGUCUUUGGCUGUUUUGUGGUCCACGUGGAAGCAUAGAAAUGAUUGUGUUUUUAAUGGUUCCCAGCCAAAUUUUGAGGAACUAUGUGAGGUUGUCAAAAUAAGAAUUUCUUUGUGGGCCCAAUCCUUCCCAGCUAAAAUGGAGUUCUCCAUCAAUGAUGUAGUCUUCAAUUUGCUUCAGGUUCAAUAUUGUGUCUUGGUUGAUGGUCUUAUUUGUUGUGUUGCAAAAUGGUGCCUGAGCUUGUGUAAGGCCUGGUUUCUGAGAGGUGUUUCUAUGCUAGUGUGGAUUGGUGCUGGUGUUGCUUACCAGUUUGGUGCUGGUUUAGUGUUGUUGGUUGCUCACUGGUUUGGUGUUGGCUUGUGCUGGUGUGCUGACUUUGAAGCUCUAUGUGACAUUAGGAAACCUCAAACUGAUCCAAUGGAUUCUCUUAACACCACCAAUGAGCUCGUGGAAAAGGGAAGACUAGAAGAUAUUCCCCUUACAUCAGAACAUGAAGAAACAAACUGUAGUGAGAUUAAUGAACAGAAGACGAUGGGCAGGUCCCUUAGUAAUGCGGGCUGCAUUAAGAGAAAAAGCAUAGGAGGUUGGAACUAUGCAAUUGUCUUACUAGCAAAUCAAGCCCUUGCAACACUAGCUUUUUUUGGUGUUGGUGUGAACUUGGUAUUGUUCUUAACCAGAGUCCUUGGACAAGACAAUGCCAGUGCAGCCAACAAUGUCAGCAAAUGGACUGGUACUGUCUAUUUAUGCUCAUUGAUCGGAGCGUUCCUCAGCGAUUCCUACUGGGGUCGAUACCUAACUUGUGCCAUUUUUCAGCUAAUCUUUGUGGCGGGUUUGGUUCUAUUAUCUCUAGUCUCUUGGCUUUUCUUGCUCAAACCAGAAGGUUGUGGUGAUGGAAAACAAAUUUGCAUACCCACUUCUUCAAUAGGCACUGCCCUAUUUUACUUGGCUAUCUACUUAGUGGCCUUUGGAUAUGGAGGACAUCAGCCCACCAUAGCAACCUUUGGAGCAGAUCAAUUUGAUGAGAAAAGUCCUAAAGAAAAAGUUUCAAAAGCAGCUUUCUUUUGCUACUUCUACUUUGCACUAAAUGUUGGCUCUCUCUUCUCAAAUACCAUUAUGGUCUAUUAUGAGGAUAAUGGUAGAUGGACACUGGGGUUUUGGGUAUCCACAGGAUCUGCUGUUGUAGCCCUGCUGUCAUUUCUAUUGGGAUCCCGUGGAUAUAGGUAUGUUAAGCCAUGUGGCAACCCUUUGCCUCGUGUCACUCAAGUAUUUGUUGCUGCAACUAGGAAAUGGAAUGUAGUUCCAGCUGAUAAGAAUGAAUUGUAUGAGUUACAAGGAUCAAAAUCUGCAAUUAAAGGAAGCAGGAAGAUUCUUCACAGCGAUGAAUUUGGGUGUUUGGACAAGGCAGCAACCUUGACAGAGAAAGAUCAGGGUGAACCAAUAAACCCAUGGAGACUAUGUACAGUUACUCAAGUAGAAGAAUCCAAAUGCAUUAUAAGAAUGUUACCCAUUUGGCUAUGCACUAUCAUAUACUCAGUUGUUUUUACUCAAAUGGCUUCACUAUUCGUCGAGCAAGGCGUGGUAAUGAAUUCCACAAUUGGAAAUUUCCAUCUUCCUGCAGCAAGCAUGUCUGCUUUCGAUAUCUGUAGUGUCCUUAUUUGCACCGGCAUUUACCGCCACAUCCUGGCGCCAGUAGCUGGCAAACUUAGCGGAAACCCUAAAGGCUUAACUGAGCUUCAGCGAAUGGGGAUCGGCCUUUUUAUUGGAAUGCUAGCCAUGGUUGCAGCUGGUAUCACUGAGAUAGCAAGGCUAAAAAAUGUGAUCCCUGGUAACCAUUCAAGCUCUUUAAGCAUAUUUUGGCAAAUACCUCAAUAUGUGCUCGUAGGGGCGUCAGAGGUAUUCAUGUAUGUAGGACAGUUGGAGUUCUUCAAUGGGCAAGCACCGGAUGGGAUAAAGAGUUUUGGAAGCUCACUUUGCAUGGCAUCAAUUUCUCUAGGGAAUUAUGUGAGUAGUAUGCUUGUUAACGUGGUAAUGGGAAUAACAGCAAGAGGUGAUAAACCAGGUUGGAUACCGGAGGAUCUAAAUAAUGGUCACAUGGACCGAUUUUACUUCCUAAUUGCUGCCUUAACUGCGGCUGAUCUUGUGGUCUAUGUUUUUUGUGCAAAGUGGUACAAGUGUAUCAAUGUUGAGGAAAGCGAUAUGGAUCAAGUUGACAAUGAUGAACAAGCAGAGGAAGAAGAAGAAGUGCUUAGUAGAGUCUGA